GAAACUCCUCCCCAGACCUGGAGCUGCUGUUGUACUUCUUCAAAAUCCAGCAGAUAUAAACUCACACACUGACCUACUUUGACAGUAGAGGAAGACUUUGUCGCACUCCGAAAACUUCACCAAACCCUUUUGACUCCUGGACUCAAGAAUGUUGCAGUUCGUGUGCAUGUUGCUGCUGGCGGCCUCAGCCCUGAGCCACCUGGAUGAAGCCUCUCUGGACUCCCAGUGGGAAGAUUGGAAGAUGACACACCGGAGAGAGUACAACGGCCUGGAUGAAGAGGGGAUCCGCAGGGCCAUCUGGGACAAGAACAUGCGUAUGAUCGAAGCCCACAACCAGGAGGCCGCGCUGGGCAUCCACUCCUACGAGCUGGGGAUGAACCACCUGGGCGACAUGACGUCAGAGGAAGUGUCCGAGAAGAUGACCGGCCUGCAGAUCCCGGACAACAUCGAUCGCAGCUUCACCAUGGCUCUGGACGACAAGGUGUCCAGGCUUCCCAAAUUUGUUGACUACCGCAAGAAGGGCAUGGUGACUCCAGUGAAGAACCAGGGCUCCUGUGGCUCCUGUUGGGCCUUCAGUUCGGCCGGGGCCCUCGAGGGCCAGUUGGCCAAGAUGACGGGCAAGCUGCUGGACCUCAGUCCUCAGAACCUGGUGGACUGCGUGACGGAGAACAGCGGCUGCGGAGGAGGAUACAUGACCAACGCCUUCAAGUACGUGCAGGAAAACGGAGGCAUCGACUCGGACGCGGCCUACCCGUACGUCGGAGAGGACCAGCCAUGCCGCUACAACUCAUCCGGCAUGGCGGCAUCGUGCAAAGGCUUCAAGGAGAUCCCCGUGGGAGAUGAGCACGCUCUGGCUGUGGCUCUGUUCAAAGUGGGUCCGGUCUCUGUGGGCAUCGACGCCACGCUCGGCACCUUCCAGUUCUACCAGAGAGGUAUUUACUACGACAGCAACUGCAACAAAGACGACAUCAAUCACGCCGUGCUGGCAGUGGGCUUCGGCGUGAACACCAAGGGGAGGAAAUUCUGGAUCGUGAAGAACAGCUGGAGCGAGAACUGGGGCAAGCAGGGCUACGUCCUGAUGGCACGUAACCGCGGCAACCUCUGCGGCAUCGCCAACCUCGCCAGCUACCCCGUCGUGUGAGGACGACAGAAAAAAGGCUGCUUUGCUUCGACUACUACACAGAAGAAAAUGCACUUGAAUAUGUACGCAGAGUUCAUUCCAACCAUGGAUGUAUUAUAAAAACUGAUUCCAAUUUUUUUCCAAAAUUGUAAAAGAGACGUUUGUAAAACUUCCAGAGGGGUUGUCAUCUUUGUAAAACGUUUCUAAAUCCUAAUGACAUCACUGCUAAACAGUUUGCCCAUUCUCAUUGGUCCAUUGCUGGGCCAGAUGCAUGAUGGGAUUAACACUACUGCGUAUAUUCAGUGGGCAACAUAACCCUGGAAGUAUCCAGUUCUAUAAUACAUCCAUGAGUCAAACAAGUCAGCAACCACUACAAGCAAUAACAGAAGAUUAUAUUUUGUAUAACUGGUUUUUAAAACAGCGAUAAUCACACAUAUAUUAAAAAUAAAUCAGAUUAUUUUGGAAUGGACCUCUUCCAGCGAUGAAAAGGGCUAAAUGUUGUGUGAAGUAUUGGAUUCAAACGUCUGAUGAGGACGUUUGGUUUUGUCUUGAGUUCAUUUGAAGCACUUUGAAUCCCCUUUAGACCUUCAGUUUUACCUUCAGACCAGCAGACCUCCACUGUGGUCCGCUCCAUAAGCACACCGAGGUCCUCCAGGGCGCGUUGUUAGUGACCCAGAAGAGUUUUAAAUUCACUGUGACAGGAAACAUUGCUGGUCAAUGGGAGCUGCUCCUUUCCUUUUGACGCAGAGUCAGUUCUGUUAAAAAAUCGUAUGUUUUUCUUUUGAUCAUGUCGACCUUUUUGUUGUUCUGUUCAGCACAUUUAUGAUUAUCAAACUGUAAACUGAUGUUUUCUAUGAAUAAAGGUUUCGUUUUGAAGUUAAAUGCA